AUGGAGAAAAAAGAGCACGAGCCGCGGAAGCUCUUCAUCGGCGGGAUCCCGCGUUUGGGGCUCACUGCGGACAUGGUCAGGGCCCACUUCGCCCGCUACGGGCACGUGGUGGAAGCGCUGGUCAUGGCGUACCCGGACGGCUUCGGCCGCGGUGUCGGCUUCGUCGAGUUCGAGGACGAUGAGGCGGUCCUCAGGGCGCUGGACUCCAAGGAGAGCGACAGGCACGACGCCUUUUUCAGCUGCAAGGUCGAUGUGAAGAGGGCAGAAAAGAAACAAGAAACAAGAUCUGCACAGACUAGCACUACCUCAAGUUCAAAUGCUGAUUUGAAGGUCUUUGUGGGAGGGUUUGGGGAUAAUGUCACCAAAGACCAUCUCAUAGAUUAUUUUGAGAGAGACACAAGAAAGCCAAGGGGUUUUGGCUUUGUCACAUUUGAUUCCAAGGAAGCUACAGUCAAGGUUUUAAAGGAUAGGUUUCAUUAUUUGAACGGGAUAAAAGUGGAAACUAAAAAUGCUGAACCAAGGGAUCGGCGCAGGUAUCAAAAUGGACACCAUUAUUAUUAUGAUUCAAUGGACAUGGUCAAGGGCGGAAUGUACUCUCCGCACAGUAGGUAUUAUGAUUCAAUGGACAUGGCCAACGGUGGAAUGUACUCUCUGCACAGUUUACCCUAUGUCCCUUACUACAAUGGUCCUUAUUUGGCUUAUCCAUACCCAUAUCCCUAUCAUUACACACCUUCUGGAAUCAUAGACUAUGGCUACAUGGGGAACCAAAUGGACAACUCAUACGAUAGCAGAUUGAGUCACGUCGAGGGAAGUCAGCAGAAAAUUGGCAUACCGGCUUCCACUGGCAUGAAACCAGACCUUGUGAAGUCAGAUUCCAACAACUUACUGUUAGGUUCAUCUCUUCCAAUUAGUCCUCAAGAUUUUACUUUUUCAAAUAGUAUUAUUGUUUCAUGUUUGUCUUCCAUGAUCAAUUUGUGA